AUAUUUUCCCUAACUUUCGAUUACAAUAUAAUACUCCUAAAUUAGUUACACUAAUGAAGAAAAAUCUAAAUAAGGGGAGAAUCGAAAUUGGACUUCACAAAUCACAAUGACUACAGAGGAGCAGCAGAAACAGUCACAAACAAUGCCGUGUUUGCAGAAGAAGAAGAUGUCAGAGAUGAUCGAAACGCCAGAGACCGACGACGCCCCUGCGCUCCCCGACCAGGACUCCGCCCUCGCCGCCUUCCGCGCCAAGGAGGAGGAGAUCGAGCGGCGGCGGAGCGAGAUCAGAGAGAGGCUCCAAGCGCAAUUCACACGCGUCGAGGAAGAAGCCAAGCGCCUCCACCUCAUCCAAUCGGAGCUCGAUUCCGUGACGGAUCCGAUGCGGAAGGAGGUUGCGGCGAUCUGCAAAAAGGUCGAAAUCGUGAACCGAGAUGUGAAGAUUUUGGGGAUCAACUGCCAGAAGAAGGAGAAAGAGUAUAGAGAAUCGGCUGAGGCUUUCGAUGAGAAGAAGAAGGAAAAGGCGCAGCUCCUUGCAAAAUUAGCUGAGUUGGUGAGUGAAAGCGAGAAGCUGAGAUCAAGUAAACUAGAAGAGCUAUGCAAGAACAUAUAGAAUCAAAUUAUCCCUUUGUUUUUUCUUUAAAUUUCUUGUGUUCUUCAUCUAAUUAUCUUCUUUUUCAUCUUGUUUGAUUGUCUGUUUGAAGAUUUGUUUUUCCUUUUGUGAUUAAGAUUGAAAAGCUCACUUAAUA